AUGAACACGGACUUAUAUCGUCUGUCAGUGGAGCAAGGUCCAGCGGCACAACAAGGCCCCAUUGGCACGUUUCCCGGCCCUGGCGCAAGGUUCAGCCUCGUUCACCUGGACAUUGUAGGCCCCCUGCCUCUGUCCAAUGGUUGUUCCUACCUCUUCACCUGUGUGGAUCGGUUCACUCGGUGGUCUGAACCUAUCCCUCUGCCUGUCAAUGCUAUUCCAACGCUGGUCAAGGCUUUCCUCAGUUGUUGGGUUGCCAUCUUUGGUGCACUCUCCACUAUUACGACUAACCGCGCUGUCCAGUUUGAGUCUAACCUCUUCCAGACUCUUCUCCCUUUUAUAGGCUGUACCCGCAUCCGGACGACAACCUAUCACCCGGCUGCCAACGGGAUGAUCAAGCGGUUUCACCGCCAGCUGAAGGCCUACCUAGGCGCUGCGGCCGAUCCGGAAAAUUCGACAGAACAUCAUCCUCUGGUCCUCUUGAGCAUCCACUGCGAUUUCAAGGCAGACCUUGAUUGUUCCGCAGCUGAACUGGUGUUCGGCGCCACCGUCCGACUGCUCGGAGAGAUGAUCCCACCAACCCUGCGAGGUGCGAUCGAGGAUCUCACCAACCCCUUGCACCGCCUCCGGCGGUUUAUGCGGUCACUUUCUCUGUCUUAUCUCGAGAAGGACUUGGCAAAGUGCUCUCACAUCUUCCUCCGAUGUGAUUGA